UAAAAAUGAGGUCUGGCAGAACGAGUAUUAUUGCCGCAGUUUGUCUCAUAUUCGCAGUAACGGCUAAAGGAGGUGACCUGCCGUUUGAAACGCAGUUUAUAUGGGACUUCUUUAAGGCAAGCUUCGAUGAACGGCACAACCUUAUCACGGCUCCUUUCAUGGUCCGUAUGGGAAUGACCCUGAUGACCAGUGCCGUCAACGAUCGGUACACUCAACGUCAACUCCGGAGCAAACUCCAUCUGCAGGAUAGUGUGACGAAAACAUCCGAAUCGUACCGUCGCCAGUUGGCCGCAUUAUCUCGGAGCGAUAACAUUCGUUUUGGAACAAAAGUGAUUACCAUCGGUACGGAUGAAUUUAAUCCGGCCUUCCUAGCGGGGACGCGCUACUUUAACGCUUCGAUCGAGAAAUAUCCCCACUUGAAUGCUACCUUUGUGAGCGGUGUUGCCAACCGAUGGGUCGAACAAGUUACCUCCGGUAUGGUUCGAAGAGUUUUGUUGCCACGAGAGUUGCACUCCAAUAUCCGCCUUCUGCUAUUGAAUGCAGUCGCUUUUCAAGGAAAGUGGAAAUAUGCGUUCGAUGUUGAUAAAACGAGGGUGGAGCAGUUCCACACUGGCGAUGAAGCCAAUCGUUACCACACGGAAAUGAUGAAUCUCCCGGACAACUUCCUGAAGACAGGUCUUUACGAACCGUUGAAAGCAACGGGCCUGGUGCUGCCGUUCAAAGACGAAAGUGACCUAUCAUUGCUGGUCAUAAUGCCCCAGCAACAGAACGGAAAUUUAACGCAAAUGGUCAAGGGCCUGAACCAAAGCUCAUUCGUCGCUUUGCUCGGUGAUAUGCAGUCAGAAAAAGUACAAGUGAAACUUCCGCGAUUUAGUUUUUCCAACCACCUUAACGUGAAUGCUAUUUUUCGAAACCUGCAUCUAAAUGCGCCCUUCGAGUGGAGCGUAUUUCAGGUAUUCAAAAAAUCGCGAUUGGUGCUGGACAGAGUGAAGCAUGGAGUCUCGAUUGAGUUCCAAGAGCGGGGAGUGAGAGCUGCUGCCGCCUCUGGCUUUUCAGUAACGACCAGAAGCGUCCCGCAGAUUUUCUUCGCCAAUCGACCUUUUGUAUACGUUAUUUUCAAACGUUCGACGCAUUUUCCACUGUUUCUAGGAAGCUUCGUACAUCCAUUGGGUUCUUCUUCCUCAAGCUUUUUUAAACAUGUGAACAAUUCUUAGUACGUAGUUUUUUAUUGAAAAAUUACAUCAAUCUCCAAGCUCUGACUAGUAUUGGCCACCUUAUUCUCAACUAGCUAUUAGUGAGGCACGGGAGCAUCCUGUCCAGGCUGAAUUCCACCAACAUUACCAGUUCCUGUUUUGGGUAGGAAUCCGUUCUCGUCCGCCCGAUAGGUAACCCAGUGCGUUUGGCCGUCCGGUCCGACAAACGUGUAAGCUCCUUCUACGGCCAGAACCCGCGUGCCUCCAUUAGUGUCCUUGGGAGUGCCUACUUCCGAAAAAAUCUGUUUGUUGUUCUGCUCAUAUCUGUAUGAAAAUUUGAUUAGCAAUCGACACUCUCAACCAA